CGGUGGGCGUCACGUCCCGCUUCCACUCCUCCUCUGCAUGCAUCUUCCUUCUUCUUCCCUUGGCUUUCGUUUCGUUCCGUUCCGUUCCGCCGCAACGCGCGCGCGCGGCCGCCGCCUGCUGAGUUCUCUCCAGUCUCUGCUCUGCUCUGCUUCGUCUUCGUCACGCGCGCGGCGCCGGUGAGCGGUGGCGGGUCGGGUGCGUGAGUGUGUGUGGUCGCUGGCCUGCCCCGCCAUUGCGGUUCUUGGCCAGGGCGGGAGACUCUCUCUCGCCUUCUGAGAUUUUCUCCCCGAUCCGCGGGUGUGGUGGUGCGGCGGCCAUGAGGUUCCGUCUCCGCAAGAAGGCGGCGCCUCCGAGCGGCGGAGGCGCCCGGCGCCCGCCCUCUCCUCCCGCGGCGGCUGCUGCUGGCGGCGGCGGCGGGAAGCCCGUCGUCGUCGCCGACGCGAGCCCAGAUCAAGACAGCGCGACGAACGGAAGCAAAGAUGAAUCGUUCUUCGAGUCAAGACCAUGGUUAGAUUCCGACAGUGAAGAUGAUUUCCACAGUGUGAGAGGAGAUUUCACUCCAUCAAGAGGCAACACCCCAGAUCGUCAUAGACAGUCACCAUUCGCAGGGAGAAUAUCUGUCGAUAGAUCAGAGCCAUCUUUGGCUGAAAAGAAGCAGAGGCUCCUUGAACUCCUCCAGGAGAAGCAGCAAUACGACGAUGACGAUGCUGGUGGCGAGACAGAAAAUGGCGCCGUCCAUGCUGAAGAGUACCUGAAGUCUUCGAAGAGAGGCGCGAAAGCGAGCAAGGCAUCCAAGAUAGGCUGCUGCUUCCCAAGCUCUGUUUGGAAGAUCAAAUUCAGGGGCUGCAGGAAGAAGAGGAAAGAGCAGGAUGCUAAGCUCAACUAGCACUGUGAAGUUGAUUUUCGUUUUCUUUUUUUGUGAUUUUCUGUGAAAAUCGUUUUUACGAGAGCGAGGGGAACAUAUACUUUUUUUAUCCCCUGAAAUGCUUCAGCUGGAAACAAAAAAAAAGUAUUUUGAAGUGGCUUCUUAUUGUGCUGUAAAAACAAGCAAUAUAGAUAUAAUUGUAGGGUGAAAGCAUACAUGGUUACUUGUUUUGUCA